AUGACAAAAUGGUGGUUAAUACUAAUAAUUAUGAUAAAUUGCAUAGAAUAUAUAAAUACAUUAAAAAUAAAAAAAAAUUUGAUAUUAACUUAUAGGAGAGAGAGAGAAAAAAAAAAAGUAUACUCAAAGUAUUUUAUAAAUAGUUUUUUGCAUUUAAAAAAAAAAAAAAGAAAUUCUGAAUUUUUUCGAAUUUUCAAGGGAUGCGGAACAACAUGUUCAUAUGAAUGGGUAGAGUCGGAUGAUAAUUUAGAAAUAAAAAUUAGAUUAUCACCAAAUAUAAAUUCAGAAGAUAUACAAUAUAGAUUGACAUGUGAUUACAUAUAUGUUAAAUUAAAAAAUAAGCCAAAAAGUGCAAUUGAAGGAAAGCUAAAAGGUAGCGUAGAUGUAAAUCUGUCUACAUGGUUUAUAGAAAAAUUUGAAGAUUACAGUGUAAUGAAUAUAUUUUUAAAAAAAAAGAAUAGGGGAAUAAAUGAAUGGGUAGGAGUACUGGAAAAAGAAAAUAUUUUACACAUAUCUUAUGACAAUUCACCAGAUACACAUAAGCUUUCCAAUUCUUCAUCCCAAAAAAAAAUAGGUGAAAACGUACUAUUAUAUACACAAUAUUUUGAAAAUGCAAAAUAUGAUGAUGUAUAUAACUUCUUACUUAAAUGGACGAGCAAAAAAGCAAUAAAUCAAAAUGAUUUUGGAAUUCCUUCAAUGAAACUAAAAACAAACAUAAUGCAAAAUGAAUAUGGAUUAGAAAUUAUUAUUAGUGGAUAUGAUCUAAAAUGGGAAGCAGAAGAUAGCUUAUUAUUGAAAUUGAGUUCUUUUGAAAAAGGAAUUGAAUUAAAUGUAUAUAGAGGAAAUGUGGCAAGUGGGAUUAAAGGAUUACAUGGAAAUAUGAUAAGCUAUCUUGUACAGGAUUGUGAAGAAAGAAUCAUAAAGAAAUUACAACAUGAUUUAAAAGGUGUAUUUUAUUUAAAUCCAAUGUCUAAAAAAGUAGAAACACUUAUGCAUAAACAAUCACCUCAAAGAAAUUAUAGUUAUAUUACAGGUAAAGAUAAUAAAAAAAAAUAUAUCUCUAUAAAUGAUGAAGAUUUAGAUAUUUCUAACAUAGAUGCAAACGAUUUGGACAAUUCGAAGAAUAAAGAAGACAAAACAUAUGAAAAAAAAGAUGAAAUAAAAAAGGAUUCUAAGGAGGAAGAAAUAAUAGUAAAAGAUUUAAAAUUAAAUUCUAAAGUCAAAUUAGAAUGUGAUGACAAAAGCAAGGAACCUGAAUUUAUGAAAGAUUGGUCCGAAGAAAAAAAAAUAGAAUUUAGAAGAAAUUCUGUUUUAGAACUAAAAAAAAACUUAGAGUUAUCUCAAGAAAAUAAACUUACUUUAAAAUUAGAAGAUUAUAUUGAGCAUAUGAAAUCAUCCUUUGAUUUAACAGAAGAAGAAUCUAAGUUGAUAUGGAAAAAAGGAUUAUUAAAAUCAGAUGAACAAAAAAAUAGAGAAAAGUUUUAUAGGUUUACUGAAAUUGAAAAUUUAACUGAUAAAAUAGAAAUGUAUGAUGUGAAUAAAACAGAUGAAAAUGAAUAUUCAUAUGUAUAUUUAAAAGACAAAAACGAAAAUUCGGUAAAAGGAACUCAUAACAGUAUAAUGGGGAAGUUAACUAAUGAAGAAGAUGAAGAAAGUUCUAAGACAAAUGAUAGUGAUGAAGAAUUAAUGAGAAAUGAAAAGACAAAGGAAAAUAAUUCUUAUAUAGAUUUAAGUCCAAGGGUCAAACAAAAUAGUAUUAAUAAACAAUUUUUUAAUUGCUUAGAGGGAGAAUUAUUAGAUCCUACUGAGGAUAGUAAAUUAACAUUGUAUGACAUUUAUAUGAAAAGUGAUGACAAUGAAAAAAAAAAAAUGAGAGAAAAAUGGAAAAUCAAUGAAUUGAGGUUAAAUACUUUAAUAGAAGAAUUAAAAUAUUUAGAUUACGACAUGAUUCCAACAGUUUGUAAUAAUUAUAGGGAUGUUUUGUUAAGUGAUGAAUAUAUAUGUUUAAUGAAAAUAAGACUUCAGGAAAAUCCUCCUAAAACAGUAGAAGAAAAAAAAUAUUUACAAAUAGUUAAUUCAUUUGUUAUAAGUUUAUAUGAUGAUAUAAAAAUUGUAAUGGAACAUGAAGAAAAGGAGCACUUAAAAAAGAUACAGCUCAUAUGUGAAAAAGCAAUACAAGAUGAAAAGGGAUUAAAUGAUUUUAUUGAAUCAAUGAAACCUUUAUUAGAUUAUUCGUUUCUAGGUUAUAUUAAACAUGCAAUAGAAAUGGAAAAAAAACAUAUACAAUCUCAAAAUAAAGAUUUUAGGGAAAAUCCAACUGAUUGGUUAAUUAUUUUAAUGAUUAUUCAAAAAGGAAUUUAUUCCAUUUUACAAAAAGACAUAUGGGAAGACGUUAUACAUAUUUCUUCUAUAAUUUGCCACGAGCAACCAAAUGUAAGAAAAACAAUUUUAAGGACAAUGGUUGCAUCUAUGCCAAAAGCUGAUUGGAUAUUUUUUAAAGAUAUUAUUAAAACAUUAUAUAAAAGUGUUCAAGAAAAAAAAUUAACAGCUAAUCAUUUUCCAGAUUUUCCUCACAUUCCAGAAGCUAUUUUUCAAUUAAAUUAUGACAUAGAGCAAAUAUUACCUGAUUGGUUCAUAAAAGAAAUGCUCGAUGAAUAUGAUAAAUCUGUUAUUGAACAAUUAAAGUCGAAAAAACCUUUGUUUUGGAAAAUGAAAGAAACAAAAUGGGACAAAAAUUUUGUACAGGAUUUUAAAAAAUUACAAAUUGAAAAAUAUAAGCAAUAUGUAAAUAAAAAUGCAAAUUAA